AAGUAUCUACAGUUUUUAAAUCAAAAAAAUGUAUAUUCGGGUAAAUUUAAAGGAGAAAAAGUUAUUUUGAAAAAACUCGCUCAUGACUGGGAAAUUAAAGAUGCUGAUGCUUUUUUAUGUAAAGAGACAAAACUUGGCGAACUUUGCAAAAUAAGCGAUGCAAUAAAGUUAUUGAUUAAGAAUUCAGUGUCAAAAAGUGACAAAAUAAAUUUCGUAAGCAUUUUGGAUUCUUUUAAGAGUUCGACAGAUUUAUCUCGAUGUCCUUCUGAACGACUUCUUUCUUUCAUUUUCUCAAAAUUAAAUGUAGAUGAUGAUAAUCAACUGGAAGAUCCAAAAAUCCAUAAAAUUGGUGAAAUGAUGUAUGGCAUAUUAAUUAAUCCAGAAGUUAUUAUUCUGCAGGCUUUUCCUCAAAUAGAAGGCUGGCCUUUUCCUUAUUAUCAUGGUUCAUGUGGUCGAAUUAUUAUUGAAGAGUAUGUCGGGAGAUCCCUUGCAAACUAUGAAGACUCUCCUUGGGAACAAAGAGUUGAUGUCGCAUAUCAGUUGCUUCAGAUAUCCCAGAUGUUGACUGAAAAUAAUUUAGACUUUGCCUUGUAUAUGACAGAUGUGAAUAUGGACAAUUUCGCCGUCAGACCAGAUGGUACUGUUCUUCUUAUUGAUGUGGAAAACAUUGUGAUCGUAGAUCGUGUUGAAGCAAGGAAAGGCAAGGACCAUUCCGAAAUGUUGCACCAUAGCACUGGAAAGUUUUGUUCCGAUUGUUUAAAUUUUUCUUUCGAAGACUUUUGUAAUCAUGACUUAUCCGAUCACAACUAUUAUGCCAUUUGCAAGGGUUUAUUGGUUCCGAAUGCUUAUUAUUCAAAAAAAGGCCUUCUACAUGACAUUCCAAAAGAUCUGGAUGCGAGAACAAAUCUAUCAUCCCUGAUUAAAGAAUGCGCAGAUCCACAAAAUUAUCUAGGUCGUUUUCAUGUCAUACCAAAACUUUUGCAAGCGAUGAAAUCAGUAUUGUAAUACUAUGUUUAUCGAAAUACAGAAUGGCUUAUAAGUGCUUACAAAUAAGACCUUCGAUACAUUGCUUUUCCUUCCACCAUACCGUUUAUUUACUGCAGUGUCACAAAUAUACUGCUUAAACACAAGCUGCUUUAACACAAUUUGUUUGAUAAUGUAAAUAUUGACUGCCUGGUCAGGAUACACACACGGUAAAUGCUGCUGGCCCUGAAUAUCAAGACUCGAAAGUCAUGAAGGCCUAUAUGUGAGCUUAUAAUAUUUAUUAAAGAAAUUCAUCGAAAUAUUAUUACUGAGAAAAUCUUUAGGAUGUUCAGUGAUGUUUUUUUUUUUUACUCUGUUCAGUAAACUGUAGAGUAGAUGAAAUGAAUGUUUCAUCAUUUGAUCAACAAAGAUAUUUCAUUUCGUUAAUAAGUAUGCAUUGCCUUUCAAAAUAAAAAGAAAGUGAAUGACGCAAUAGAUCGUUGCAUUUGUGGAAGAUCGAAAUUUAACAACUGAUUCCAGAAUUUAUCAGCAAAAUAACACUGGAGUACGAGAAAACAAAACUGAUUUUACAAUUAAUGACGAAUUUUCGCUCGGGUGCAGCAUCUUAGUAUCUGGUGUUGAAAAAAAAAAGUGAAUCUCAUUUAGCAGCUUUUUGGCAAUUUUAAAUGACUUUCGAUAUUUUUCAUACCCAAAAAAUUUUUAAACCAACGUUCUUCAAAAAAGUUACUAGUCAUUUCUCAUUAUUCGAAAUCUGAUACGGUGAUAUUUUAAAAACUUUUUAUACCGUUAGCUUGCUUUGUAUAUAUUGUAAAUAGUGCU